AUGAUUCUGCGACUAGUUUUCAUUUUUGUGCUAUUUAUCUCUUUAACAAAUUCUAUUGAAUACAUUCCAAAUCGGUUCAUUGUGGAGUACCAAGAUCAUAAAACUCUUUCAAAAAGAUCGAUCAAAGGCGACUCUACUGAAGCUUUCAUCGCAAGCCUUAAGUUGAAUGGGAUUCCUGCAUACCCCAUUCACUCUUACUCUACUCAUGGAAUAUUUCAUGGCUCUUCAAUUUCAAUUUCCAAAUCAUUUCCUAAUGACCAUGUACUAAAUCUUUUAAAAUCCCACCCAGACGUCAAAAAGGUAUGGCCCGUUCGUCUUAUCAAACUUCACCAGGACCCACAAGAUCACCCUUUAGUUGAUUCUUCCAUCGACAAUACUUUCAAUCCUGUGGGAUCAUCAGACACGGUUCUUCUUGAUUCAUAUCAAAAUGGGUUUAUUUCAAAUAAUAUAGCUGCUAUUACUUCCAACACUACCAAUGCAACCAAUUUGACUGGAUUUCAAUACCCGCCUUGGAACCCUCACAAAGUUACCGGGGUUUCAGAACUUCAUGCUCGCAAUAUAACUGGUAAGGGAGUUACUAUUGGAAUUGUUGACAGUGGUGUAUAUUACUUGGGAGAACCACUUGGUGGUGGAAUUGGCACCGGGUAUAAGGUUUUAGGAGGAUACAACUUUGUAGGAGGUGUUUAUGAUCAAGAGUUUCAGGGCUAUAGUACAUUCUCACCAAACGACAAUGUAACUGACUGUUAUGGACAUGGAACCCAUACUGCUGGAAUUAUUGCGGCUUUCGAUAAUAAAAACUUUAUUGGAGUAGCACCUGAUGCCAAUCUUCGAAUCUACAAGGUUUUUGGGUGCGUUGGAACAUCUAGUGACGAUUCCAUAGUUAAUGGCCUGUUAAGAGCAUUCCAAGACAAUAACGACAUUUUAAGUUUAUCUUUAGGUGUCGAUGGUGUUAUGUUCACAGACAAUCCUUUGGCUGAAAUCGCUACAAGAAUCAAUAACGCAGGCAUCUUUGUUGCCAUUUCUGCUGCAAAUUCUGGAAACUUUGGACCUUUCUUUGGUAAUGGUUUAGCUGCCGGUAAUCAUCUAACUUCAGUAGCUGCAUCUGUAAGUGGUCAAUACCUAGUAUACGAAGCUUUGGCAAAGUCGUCUUCAGGAGAAACUUUUAAUUUUGCUUAUUCUACUGCCUCAGGCAUUCAGCCAAAUACUACUGGAACUUUUCGCUUACAGCUUUAUGAUCAAACUGCUUGUGAACUAAAUGGAAAGAUUUCAAAUAAUACAAAUCAGGAUUUAAUAGCCUUACUAUUUCCUCAAGACUCAUGCAAAAAUAAUCAAUUCUAUUAUUCCGUUGGUACACAGGGCUAUCCUGUUGUGUUCACUUAUAACAAUAACUCUACACUUACUUCAACUAGUACUUAUCCUGAUCCAGUGCGAGGACUAUAUGACCCCAUUUCUAUCCGUGGCUCUAUUAUUGGGUCUUUCCCCACCUGGGCCCAACAGCAAAUUUUAGCUGGGAAUACAAUAGAUCUUGUAUUUCAAGAAUCAAGCUUAAUUCCCCGAAGUUUAUUUUCUUUAGAUAGUCCAGAUUUGCUACAAGUUAGUCGCUAUACCAGCAUGGGGCCUAACUACAAUGGAGCACUGUUUCCUCAAAUUACAGCUCCAGGAAGUAACAUUUACUCGACAUUUUUAUUCAAUGAAUUUGCAACAAUGACUGGAACAAGUAUGGCAGCACCCUAUGUUGCCGGUGUGGCUGCCCUUUACUUAAGUACUAUGGAAAAUAGAACCAAAAAUAGUGAUACUGCAAUUAACCUUCAUCAACGAAUGAUCCAAACGGCAACACCUCUGCAAUUUUCUCUUGAUUCAAGCUCUACAAAUACUUAUGCGGCACCACUGAUUCAACAAGGUUUUGGAUUCAUCAAUGCAACAAGAUUUAUAGACACUAAAACCCUCAUCACUUCAGACCCCAACCUUUCCCUUGGGAUAUCAUCAAAUUUGGAUACAAUUUUUAACGUGACACUUUAUAAUGGCAAUGAUUACACAGUACAGUACACCAUUGUGCAUAACCCAGCCGUCACGGUUUUUACAAAAAGACCAGAUGACAUGAUUCCUUCAUAUUUUCCUCCAUUCAUAUACAAGUUUGCAUCAGUUACUGGUGCUUCUAAAACAAUCACAAUCUUCCCAAUGUCCAGUCAAGUAAUUAAUCUUGGGAUAAAAGCCCCUGAUACAGUCCCCGCAGAAUAUGGUCCUGUAUAUCAAGGCAAAAUCCUUUUUAGCGGAAAUAAUGGUGAACAGGUAUCUGCUGCAUACGUUGGCACAUUUGUUGACGGCUACAAAGCCUGGAGUCAUACACAUCAACCAUUACUACUUUUCAAUGCAAUUAGUAAUGCAACAAUUUUGGAUUCCAGCGUGAAGCGACCCCCUGUUAUCAACAAUGGGCUCGAUUCUUUGAUUUAUUUGCCACUUCUUAUCGGUGCUUCUGAAAUUGACAUUGCUUUGGUCAAUGAAUCUUUCUCGGAAAACAAUAUUGUUUUGCCAUUAACAGAGGGUCAAAAUGGGGUUUUAAAUUUUGUCGAUGGGUUUCCUUACCCUUAUUCUUCUCGAUCGCUUGGCGGGUCGUUUUAUCUUUUUGAAAUCACAGCUUCCACUGCUAUACCUGAUGGAAUAUACCGUGUUUUGGUAAAUGUACUCCCUGGUGUCCCUGAUGACAAUUCUAUAAACACAAACAAUCUUACAUCAUGGCAAACUUUUGUUUCAGAGCCCUUUUAUUUUAUUUACUCACCAAACGAUACAACUGUUGGUAGGGCGCGUGGUGGACCAUACAGAGGAAGAGAUGACAGAGGCAGGAAAAGUUAUAGAUAUGAGAAUGAUGGCGAAUCUUUUAAAUUUCAUGAUUUGCAUCCCAGACAAGAUCAAAAUAUUCAAGAGCAAACUGAUCUCUCUUCAAAUAACGGAACUUUUAAUGCUACGAUUUUUACCGGAGUGGAAUUAAUAAGUUUAAAUGCAAACUACUCUAUGGGAUACUCACCUUAUGAUACUAUCCAAAUCUCAAUUGAGCUCAAUAUUGCACAAAAUUUAAUUGUUGGUCAACAAGCAAGCAUUGAAAUAGCUCCUGAGUUUCACAAUUUCCCCUCACAAUUUCUGAUCUACAAUGACGUUGGUGAAGCCAUUAUACAAGUGACUAUUGACUCAGAAACAAAUAUUUUGACAGUUACAGUGAUUCAAAACUGGGAUGUGAUUUACGUCACAGGAUCUAUUAUUUUUACAGCCUUUUUAAAAAAUCCGGAACAGUAUACUUCAGACCGGCUCGUUCCUUUAACUUUUGUUAAACAAUCGCUCAAUGAGGGUAGUGUACUUAUGCUUGAUAUGGCCAUUGUUGAUGUAUAUUUUUUGUCAAUUCAGGCUCGUGUACUUGAAUCUUCUGGAGUUAUUUACAUUUACAUUCCUUCGGCCUUCACUGAUUGGACAGAAAUGCAAGUUGGCGUCACUUCGGCCUACAAUUUUUUAUGUUCGGGCAUUGCAGUCGAACAAACAGAAGCGUUAGAAAAUUCACAAGUGCCGUACACAACUGUUCCUGGAGCUUCUGUCGACUGUGCUGGGAACUUUGCAGUGAUAAAUAUUUCAGAGCCGCCUGCAAACAAUAGAGCGAUUAGGAUAUCUGUUCCAGUGAUAACACCAUCUUUUGUUGCUAAUUCGGCAGUAAGCGCUGCCAUAAAAUGCAACUUCGCUGGAUCUCAAUUCACUUAUUAUCUUGAAACAGUCCUAAAUAAUGUAGCACUGCGAUCAAAUGCUUUGUCGUUGACAGGUAAAAGGGUUUAA